UUUUGCUUUACAUCUUAAUUAUUUCACACUUCAAAUAUUUUGCCCGUAAACGCAUUUGACAUGAGAGGCAAGUGUUUUGAGUCGCGUUGGACAUGUGCACUGCUGUCGAUCGCUCGGAAGCCUGUUGGAGAGGAGCGCAACUUUGCUGCGUCUAUGACAUUCACCGGCGAUCCAUCAUUUAUCCAACGCUGUGCAGGAACCACCAGGCGAACAGGUGGACGCGGUUCCCGUCGUUUCCAAACCUCAUCCAAGGGUUUUUUUGAGUAAUGACGGGCUCUUGGAUGCAGUGUGCGCUGGGAAGGUUGGUGUGGCUCUGUUUAUUGGCGCCGAGCGCUUUGAUGAUGUUCUUUGUGGUUCCAGCAUCUCUAGCACAUCCCCAACCAUGUCAGAUUCUAAAGAGAAUCGGACAUACGGUGAGAGUAGGAGCUCUGAACCUUCAACCUCGAGUAUUUAGGCACAAUGCCCUCUGGGAUACAGAAAUGGACUGGGGCACAGGCAGAGAAACUGGAGAGGAGUGGGACAUCGUUAUCCAAAGUGAACUUGACCAUGAAUGGAGGGGCAUUAGGACUAAAAGCUCAGUAAAUAUCUCCCACAGGACCUCAAAAAGUAAAACAAUACUCAAACAAGUGGAUACGGAGACUGUGUUCCUACCUAGAGACUCUGUUAUAUUCGCUAUGGAGACCCUUAAUAGAGUGGUAGGGCUUUUACCUUACAACCUGACCCUUGAGAUAGUCAUGGCUGUUGAAGCAGGACUUGGAGAAUUACCUGCUUUUUCGUUUUCCUCUUCAUCUCCUGGCAGUGCAGAUCCUGUGUCGUUCCUGCAAAGCGUUUGCCACACUGUCAUCGUGCAAGGAGUUUCUGCCAUCAUUGCGUUUCCACAAAACAGGAAUGAAUUAGUGAAGUUGGAAUUUAUUUCGUCCACGCUACAGAUACCAGUCAUCAGCGUCGUGCAGAAUGAGUUCAAACGCCAGAGUCAGAACUCACUCCAUUUCCAGAUGGCCAUGCGAAACCCUCAAACUCCUGAAGCAGAGCUCAUCUUCUCCCUUCUGUCCAUGAAUAACUGGUAUGACGUCAGUUUGGUGAUGUGUCAACAGAUGAACAUUUCCGACUUUGUCUUUUUGCUCCACAACAACUCCAAAUUUCAUCUGGGCACUGUUAUUAAGAUUUCCACCAACAUCAGCUCCAAAAUCGACUUUCCGACUUAUCUGCAAAGUCAACUGGGGUCAAUCAAGGACUCAACUUCUACAGUAGUGACCUUUGGAUGUGACAUACGGGAUAUACGCAACAUCUUUAAUACCGUUGCAAAGUUUGGUCAGAUAAUUCCUGAUUAUCACUGGGUUAUAGGUGACUCUCAAAAUGUGGAGGAGUUAACGACAGAGGAACUGCCAAUGGGUCUACUUGCACAUGGCCGUAUGAGUGAGCCCUCACUAGAUCAUUAUGUCCAGGAUGCUUUGGAGUUUGUGGCGAGAGUGGUGGGGUCUGCUGCCACUGUUUCUCCAGAGCUGGCACUGAUACCCGGCAUCACAAACUGUCUGGUGAUUGAGGCUAAAAAUCUAACAUCAGGAAAAUUUCUCUCCAGAUUCAUGGCCCACACAUCAUUUGAUGGCCUGAGUGGCUACAUUAAUGUUCAAGAGGAAUCUACCAUUCUCUCGGAAAGCCACCAUUUUAUAUGGAAUCUACAGCAUGACCCAAUUGGCAAGCCAAUGUGGACGCGUCUUGGCAGCUGGAAGCAAAGCAAAGUGGUCAUGGAUUAUGGAGUUUGGCCAAAUAAGAGACGGUCUCAACAAGGGGCAGACUGGCGGCAAUCCUCUGGCCUACACUUACGUGUAGUCACCUUGGUAGAGCACCCAUUUGUCUUCACUCGUGAUGUUGAUGAGGACGGUUUGUGUCCGGCCGGCCAGUUGUGCCUUGACCCCUUAACAAAUAAUACAGCGUUGUUGGAGGGUCUUUUUCAGGGUUUGCAAGGUGCCAAUGACACUGUUCCCAUGGAGUUUAAAAAAUGUUGCUAUGGUUAUUGCAUUGAUCUUCUGGAAAAGCUGGCAGAGGACAUGGAGUUUGACUUUGACCUCUACAUUGUGGGAGAUGGGAAAUAUGGUGCUUACAAGAGCGGUCGCUGGACAGGUCUGGUUGGGGACCUCAUGAGUGGGGCGGCACACCUGGCUGUCACUUCUUUCAGUAUCAACUCGGCACGCAGUCAGGUUAUCGACUUUACCAGCCCCUUCUUCUCUACCAGUCUGGGAAUCCUUGUCAGGACUAAAGAUACAGCGGCACCUAUUGGUGCCUUCAUGUGGCCCCUACACUGGAGUAUGUGGUUAGGAAUAUUUGUAUCUUUGCAUGUUACAGCUGUGUUUCUUACCUUGUACGAGUGGAAAAGCCCUUUCGGCAUGACCCCAAGGGGUAGGAACAGGGACAGAGUCUUCUCUUUUUCCUCAGCGCUAAACGUUUGCUACGCAAUCUUGUUUGGCAGGACAGCUGCUAUUAAGCCACCAAAAUGUUGGACUGGCAGAUUACUCAUGAAUCUCUGGGCCAUAUUUUGUUUGUUCUGCUUGUCUACCUACACAGCUAAUCUUGCUGCUGUAAUGGUUGGUGAGAAAACUUAUGAGCAGCUCUCGGGUAUACAUGAUCCCAAACUUCAUCAUCCAUCACAAGGGUUCCGCUUUGGGACUGUUCGGGAAAGCAGCGCUGAGGAUUACUUGAAAAAAAGCUUUCCGGAGAUGCAUGAGUACAUGAGGCGAUAUAAUGCCCCUGCAACCCCUGAUGGGAUAGACCACCUUAAGGAUGAUCCUCAGAAGCUAGAUGCUUUCAUAAUGGACAAAGCUCUUUUAGACUAUGAAGUAUCUAUUGAUGCAGACUGCAAGAUGCUGACUGUGGGAAAGCCAUUUGCAAUUGAAGGCUAUGGUAUUGGGCUCAAACAGAAUUCUCCUUUUACUUCAAAUAUCUCUGAGUUGGUCAGUCAGUAUAAAUCAGAUGGAUUUAUGGACUUGCUACAUGAUAAGUGGUACAAGGUGGUCCCCUGUGGUAAAAGAAGCUUUGCUGUGACAGAGACUUUACAGAUGGGGAUAAAGCACUUCUCAGGGUUAUUUGUCAUGCUAUGCAUUGGGGUCGCCCUUUCCCUCCUCACCACACUUGGGGAACACAUCGUCCACCGCUGGGUGAUACCCAGGAUGCUGAAAACUUCACAACAUAAAUAUUGGCUCCACACUAGUCAAAGAUUGCAUCGAGCACUUAACCCGACUUUCAAAGAAGACAAAGUACAGACUGUUGCAAAACAAGAGAAAAGCUGCAAUGUUGAAAACAACCAGCAAAUGCCAUGGAACUCUUUGGGAACAUCGAAUUGCAAUCGUCGAAAACUGUCCAAUCAAGAGGGACAACAAAAUGACCUGGAAUGUUCACUGUGCAAGGAGCUCCUGCCCCAACAAGAGAAUAGACAACUUCCAUUACAAACCACCUCCAAUGGGAGAACAGACCUUCUUGGCCUGGGCCUAAACCCAAUAGUACUGGAACUUACAGACCUGGAAACACAAAUCCAGCUCAUCAAAAAACAACUGCAGCUUGCCAUAAAGAAGAAAAAAGAGCUGGAGCAGUAUCAAAAAACUAAGACUUCAAUGGAACCCUAGAGUUUUGAGAAAUCUUUAUAUGGCUGGAGUUUUAUGGGUCGCUGUGUUCAAAGACUUGGACCUACUGGUUGAUUAUUUCAAUUGGGGUUCCUAAGGGAGCAAGGCUCUUUUUUUAAGCCUUUUUUAUUUGGAUUCCUUAUUGAACUGAACUUGAGAAAGGACAGAGGAAAAAAUAAAGUCAAGUCAAAUGGAGUGGAGUGGAUAUAAGCAGUGUGUAUUUCUGUAUACCCAGAUGUUUAAUUCUGAGGUUACCCUGUUUUUAUGGUACAAUGUGAACAACGCUGUGUAUUUGUCUAAAGGGAAGACAUUUUAUCGUCAAAGUCACAUUUAUUUAAGGUGUCAAAGAGUGAUGUACGAUAGCGUCUCCUGCAUAUUGAUACACAGAGCUGAGAACAGUUUUUAGAAGAAGGAUAGACUGUCGUCUCUACGGUUGUAAAGUGAAAGUCUUAACCUUGAACACAGGCUGUUAACCUUGAAUGGUAUUGGUUCUAUUAAUUAAAAGCUUUCUAUUAAGCAAAAAUUCUUGAGACAUUUCAGUAAGAUUCAUUUGUCUUUCACAUCUUCUUAAAUUAAUUGUAUUGUUUAACAGAACAGUAAAGAACAUGGGUCAAUCGGAACAUGACCCAUGGCCGAUUUACUUCACAGGUCCAACAAUAUUUGAUGUAAUAAUUAUAAAUGUAAUACUUUUUGUAAAUUAAUGACCUGCAGUUCAGUGAAUAGUCUGACUACUAACUGAUUUAGAGAGUUAGGGAUUAUGAGUCUUUUAACUGAUUCUAACUAGUAACUUAUAAGUUUGCGUGUUAACCAGUUUUUGUAAAAAAAGAAAAAAUCUAAAUUUUUCAAUGUGGUCCCGAAUUUUAAAAAUCCACGACACAAAGCAACUGAAAAAAUUGUAGAUAUACUCAAAUUCUAUGAAUAAUUAAAUUUAAUUUAGAAUGUAUAUUGUUGUGUUAUCUGGCUACUGGAGCAUGUAUAGUUGGCUAAGAAUGAUUGGGAA